CUGCACACUUUGCCACAGAGGACUUUGGUGGCACCAGCAGGCGAGCUGCAGCACUGCCCGUGGAGAGCACUGGAUUGUGGGUAUGUUGUGCUUCCUCCUCGGCUGGCUGACAGCAGAGCAGAGCGGGUCAGCUGUUGCAGGAAAGUUUCCACAUAGUUCUGAUCUCUUUCUGGAGCCGCUCGCUGUUUAUUAGAUGUCACAUUGGAGCCGCGUCUCCUGCGUGCGCCUCUCUGCUGUCCGCGUCACCGAGAUCAAACCACCCGGUUUCAUCUGAAAUUCACAUUUUCAUUUGUUUUUUUUAAACUUUGAACAACUGUCGGAAUGAGUCUGAACGAGCACUCCAUGCAGGCUCUGUCCUGGAGGAAACUCUACCUGAGCCGAGCCAAGUUAAAAGCCACCAGCCGAACUUCGGCUCUGUUGUCCGGAUUCGCCAUGGUUGCCAUGGUGGAGGUCCAGCUGGAGCGGGAUUAUAAGUACCCUCCGGGGCUGCUGAUCGCCUUCAGUGCCUGUACCACAGUUCUGGUUGCAGUACACCUCUUUGCCCUGAUGAUCAGCACCUGCAUCCUCCCAAACCUCGAGGCCGUCAGCAACGUUCACAACCUCAACUCCGUCAACGAGUCUCCCCAUGAGCGCAUGCACCGCCACAUAGAACUGGCCUGGGCUUUCUCCACCGUCAUUGGGACCCUCCUCUUCCUGACGGAGGUGAUGCUCCUGUGCUGGGUGAAGUUCUUGCCCCUCCAAACCAACCCGAACGAAGGAAACAGCACCAUAAGUUCUGGCCAGGCCGCAGCCAUCGCCUCCACCUGCAUCAUGGUGCCGUUUGGACUCGUUUUUAUCGUCUUCGCUGUCCACUUUUACCGCACACUCGUCAGUCACAAAACGGACAGACAGAUCCGGGAGCUGGAGCAGGUCAUCCGGCUCCAGAACCAGCUGGACCACAGGGCUGAAAAUGAUGACAUGAAGGCAGCUGUCCAGUUCGCUUAAUUACAGCCGGUUAGCAAACAACAGCAGCGAACAUUCAACAUGAAAUCUCUUAUAAAAGCUUUUUAUUUUUUAUGUAUUUUUUAAGAUCGCUUGCUUCAUCUAUCGAGCGUUGCAGGUUCCGACUCAGUCCACUUUUGGAUAAUGCAUGUUCAUGGACUUCUACACGUUGUAUAUUAGGAAAAUAGUUUAACUUGAAGGUAAAUCUUUUGCUCUCAGGCACUAACGUUUCAAUGACAUAUCAUAUUGUAACAUUACUUAUUUCAGGACUUAAGCCACUUAAGGACUUCACAUUUGCAUUUGAGUGCACAGUCAUGGAAAUUGGAGGGAUAGCCACUCUUGUACUGUGAUGAAAAAUAUGUUUUUAAUAACAACAGUGUAGGAUUUAGUGACAUCUAGUGGUGUAGUUGCAGCCCUUUUCAAGUUUGGAGAAGAAACUAUAGUGGCGUGACCAUAUUUUGCAAACAGAGACUGCAAAAUCUGACGCACUGAUCAUUUUUAAAGGUGUGUUUCCACAUUUUAAUAUAGCCACAACAUAUUUCAACAUUCAUUUAAAUGGUGCCUGCUUUUAGUUCGGUUUGGCACAGCUCUGUCUGGACUUGUGUAGUUUACAUAACUCGCAGUUUAUUCUGUGCCUCCGAUGGAGGUUCACUGUAUAACUCGCCACCACUGCCGUAUCCACCCGUGUAUGUGCUUAAUGGUGUCCCGUGGUGGGUUGCGCUGUUCUCACGUUUGCCUGGCUUUAAAUUAGGCGCUGUAGGGAGCAUUACCAAGCCUUUAUUAUCAGGACAGAUGUUCAAGAAUCACUGUCUGCAUGCUUUAAAACCAAAGUUAUAGAAGAAGUUACAUUUAUUUUAACUGAUGCUGAACAUACUUACUGUGGAUACAACAGAAAAAAUGCAAGAACCAUGCAACUCGAAAGUGCCACUUUUAGAAACAGAUAGAGAAAGAGUUUGUUUGUAUGGGCCACAGGGAUGGAAGAUGCAUGGUCUCAGUGCUUUGUUUGAUACAGACAUGUCCAGACUCACAGGACUGAACGGUUACAUGUCGGAACUUUUUAUUUUAGUUAAGCAUUGUUUUGUCAAAUGUUUAGCUCCUAAGUGUUCUGAACAAAGAUUUGCAUGAACCUCACUUUUUUAGGAGCACCAAAAAUUUGUAUGCAUAGGAAAAUUAGGACUAGAGGAAGACCUUGUUGACAAAACAAACAUAUUAAUGUUAAUGUCCAACAGUAUUCGUGUGCAACCUGAGGUGAAAGAACACUUCAACACUUAA